GCGUGCCGAUGCAAAGGGCUGUGGCCGGCUGCGCUGUGCCAGACCCCGGAGCCCUUUUCGGGGGUCGGCUACGAUGGGGAGCAAGGCUACGGGGGCUGCAGUGCUGGGCGCGAUGGAGUUAAGUCCCGCGUGGUGGGGGGAACGGCGCGCUUCCAGCCCCGCCGGCCUUGGGUAGGAAAAAGGUGUUUCCUGUGCAUCUGCUGACACAAAGCUCCUGGGGAGAUGGCGAGGUGGGAGAGCAGCCAGCAGCUCGAAGGCCAGCGUGGGGCAUGCCGUGUCCCCGUGGGGGAUGUGGGGAUCCCGCUUCUCGGCCCCUGCCAGGGGUCGGCAGCGCCGUGGGGCGGCUCACGGGGGUCUGGGCAGGGGGCAGGCAGCGGACGCCUCGUGUGGGUUGGGGGGGGACGUUGGCUAAAACAGCUUUGGGAGCAAUGGAGGGUGGCACAGGGGAGCGAGACGACCGCAGGUGAGAUGUUCAGGCAGGCACCAGCCCGUGCGUGGCUGCGCCGAGCCCCUGGACGCCCGUUUCUGCUGCUAGGCUGGCAGCAAGGGCCAAAAAUAGCCCGUGCGGUGGCAUUCCCUGCCUCCCCCUCCCCGCCGCACCCCUGACGUCUGGAUCGGGGCGCCUCCUCCCGCGUUUCCUCAGGAAGAAACCCAAGGCUGGCGGGAGGAAGAGGCCGCACCGCAGGAGGGACGGGACAGACGGACGCCAGCGUGGGGCUGGGGAGCCGCCGGGACUCGGGCCCUCGUGCCCCGCCGGGAUGGGGAGCGCCCGGCCCGUUCUGUGCCUCCAGCUGUGGCUGUGGGUGCAGAGCUCUGCCCAGGAGCUCGACCCUGACGGCAGGAACGUCUGCAGGCUCCCCGCCGGCCCGGUGUGCUGCCCCGGCUGGAAGCAGGAAGGGCGGGAGUGCGCGGCCGCGCUGUGCGAGGGGGAGGACGCCUGCGGGGCGGACGAAGUCUGCGUGAGACCCGGAGUUUGCCUGUGCAAACCAGGCUUCUUCGGAGCAGACUGUAGUUCCCCCUGCCCCGAGCGGUACUGGGGUCCCGACUGCAAGCGGAGCUGCCCGUGCCACCCCAACGGGCGCUGCGACCCGGCGAGCGGGCACUGCACCUGCGACCCCAACCAUUGGGGAGGGCUCUGCCAGUUCCCCUGCCAGUGCGGUCCCCACGGCCGCUGCGACCCCCUCACCGGCGCCUGCCGUUGCGAGCCGGGCUGGUGGGCACCCACCUGCAAGAAGCAAUGUCAGUGCAACCCCGCCGGCUCCCACUGCGACCCGCUCACCGGCCACUGCCGCUGCCUGCUGGGCUGGUGGGGCAGGAGGUGCAGCUUCAAAUGCUCCUGCAACCUUUCGCCCUGCGCCCAGGAGACGGGCAAGUGCGAAUGCAAGGCUGGGUUUUGGGGGCCGGCAUGCCAGCGACGCUGUGAUUGCUUGCACGGUUCCUGCAGCCCCCUCAGCGGGCACUGCAGCUGCAAUCCCGGCUACCAGGGCAGGAGCUGCCGGGACCCCUGUCCGGCAGGGAAAUACGGGUUUCAAUGUGUCCACAGCUGCGGGAGCUGCAAGCGCAGCCAGCCCUGCUCGCCCGUGGACGGCUUCUGCCUGGCCUGCCAGCCCGGCUGGAAUGGGACCCUCUGCAAGGAACCCUGCGCGCCCGGCUUCCACGGCGAGGGCUGCCUCCAGCUGUGUCCCCGCUGCCGGCGUGGGGAGGUCUGCGACCCGGAGACGGGGUCCUGCCCGCACUGUGAGCCUGGCUGGAUGGGACCCAGCUGCAACAGCUCCUGCCCCGCAGGCACUUUCGGCGAUGGAUGCCAGCUCCUCUGCCCCGAGUGUGUUGCGGGGAGCUGCGAUCCCGUGUCAGGAGUUUGUAUCUGCCAGGCAGGCUACUGGGGAGCCAGCUGCAACGACACCUGCCCGGAAGGAUAUUAUGGCGUGAACUGUUCCUCGCCCUGCCAGUGCUCCCGGGGGACCUGCCACCCUGUGCGGGGUGACUGCGUGUUGAGUUUUAAGGACCACGGGGCCCUUGCAGCCGCCAUCCUCGUCCCUCUCCUGCUGCUGCUGCUCUGCAUCGCCUGCUGUUGCUGUGGAGCCAGCCCAGCAGAUGCAAGAGACAGGGCGGCCGUGCCGGAUGAUGACGUGGUGGCCAGGAUGAAGCACCACGUGCGGGGGGUGCUGGCGAACCUCAGCGCUAUGAUGCCUUGCUUUUCCCUGGGCGGCUACAAACUUCCCAAAGUCACAGUUUCCCACCACGACGCAGAAAUCCCCUUCAACCCCAGCUUUAUCGAGUCGCCAUCAGCUGCGUGGGUUUCAGACAGCUCCUUCUCUUCCUCUUUCGACACCGACAACGAGGGACCCGAAUACUCCGUCCCUCCCAGAGAAGGCAUCCCGCUGCUGGGGGGGGCCGAGCUGCAGGAUGGGGCGUCCCCCCCCGGCGAGGUGCUCCCAGACCCGUCUGCCUUCGACUCCGAGGAUGUCUCGCAGCCCUUUGCCAUCCCUCGCACCUCCAGCAUCGCCAGGGCUAAGCGGCCCUCCGUGUCCUUUGCCGAGGGGACGAAAUUUGGGGCGGCGGAGACCCCCAGCCCUGGGCGGAAGCCCAAGACCACGUGGGGACCAUCCAAACUGUCCCCACCGCCGGGGGACGCAGCAGCCGAGCCCCCCGCUGAACGACCGGCCAGCGAUUGCUACGAGAGCCCCGAGCCCCUCGGCAAAGGGGAGGAAAGCCACCGGCCAUCGCCCCGGGCCACCCCGGGGGGACGCCGGCGGGUGGUCUCUGGCACCAGGCACGUGGCUCAGAGAGUGGAGGCACUCGAAGCGGCUGCAAAAUCCGGCAGCUGGGAGGCGAAGGGGAAGGAGCCCAACGUCACCACCAUCUACGUGAUGGUGGGAACGGCCGGGCAGGACACCAAAGCGGAGGGGGUUGGCGAGGGACCGGUCCAGGCUGUGCUCAAGCGGCUGGGCAGCUUGCAGAAGGGCAAGUGGGCCGCAAAGGAGGAGUCCAAGGUGAGGAGGAGCGUGGAGGCCAUCCAGAAACCACCCCGCCGGGCCCUGGCGCAGUGGAGAGACUCGGUGAAUAGCUGCAAGCAGAGGGAGAGCGUCGCAGGGGCUCCCGCUGAGCCAUCCUCUAGCAAGCACCAGCAUCUCCCUGGGAAGAGACAGUCCUUCCUUCUCGCAUCUCCCUCGCCGAAAAGCACCGGGACCCAGGAUGGGGCCAGCGAUGCUGUAGGUGCCACGGAGAGGGGCAAAAGCCCCGAGUUAGUCCUCAGCGUCGAAGCGAAGGGACAGGCUGCCCCGGAGGAAGAGCCGAAAUACGAAAAUGUGAUCGGCGGCGGUGCCGAUUCAUCCCCCGGCUCCGCCAAGGAGCUGCCGGCCGCCCCGGCGGCCACCUGAGCCCCCCACCGCCUGGGCUGGGGCAGCGGGAGCCCAGGAGGUCCCUCCGACCCCAGCGUGGGGGGAGCAGAUGUCCCCCUCUGAGCUGUGAACCGGAGAAGCCUUGAGCCUUCCCAUUGAUCCCCUUUCCUCCGCGCCGCGUUGCCGGUGUGGACCCUCGCCGGCCGGCACAGCCGGUGGGACGGGUGAUGCUGAGAGCGGCAGCGGUGGCAGCCCCAUGGGGUUGCGGUGCUUCAGGGUUGUUUUCUGCUCCCUCCCACCCUUUGUGCCCCGUUUUUUUGUGUCUGCUGCAGCCCGGAGGGACAGCGAUGCUCUGGAUGCGGUGGUGGCACCUUCUGGUCCGUGUCGGCACCAGGCUUGGGCACACGCGUCCUCCUCGUAAAAGGGACUGGGGCUGCUGGGAGCUCUGCUGGGAAACGCACAGGCAAAAACCAGUUUCACCCCAUUGGCUUUCACCUUUUGCUGUCCCAGCUCUGGAAAUGCUGCUCGGAGCCUCUUGCUCUAAAGGUGCUUCUCGCUGGAGGGAAUUAUUUUGUGGAGCUGGGCUGGGGAGAGGUGAUGGGCUGUCACAAGCAGCUUCAGCGAAAAUUAAUUUCAGCUGCUUAACUCAAAGGGUAUCCAGGUCUGCAGGGGUUUAUCUGUGUGGCUCUGGCUUUUGUGGCAGGCUCUGGCUGCCUUCGUUCCUAUGUACAUGCACAGCACAUGAAAAGGCUCGUGGCACAGCACGGGGUUUAUCGACGGCCUUUUAAACUCCACGCAAUACCAAGCCGCAAUUGUGCAAGAGCAAACGUGGCAGCUGGGCUGUGACCAUCAACCUGUGCACCUGGCGCUGUGCUGGCCCUGAUAAGGAUGAAAGCUGCACAGAAAAUGGCAUUUCUGCAGGUGCCCCAAGCUCCUGCCGUCUCCCACACCUCGUUCCUGCUGCAGCAACGUGUCACCGUGGGUGGCUGAGAUGUGGUGAAGGUGCUGCAGCAUCUCCAGCACAGCCAGAGAACCUCGGGCAGCACAGGCGAGGCGCGCACGAGGGCUUUGCUGCCCGUGCAAGGCGGUCGAGAAGCCAAAGAUUUGCAGAGUGAACUGGUUUUAGAUGUAUCUAAGUGGUAGAAGUUUCUUGUAUAUUUUUCUGUUAUUUUACAUGGCAUGGAAAUCUCUGAAUGAAAAUUAAAUGUUACCAAAGCCCUUCAGGAGCUGGGCUUCCCAGCCGCCCUCUGAAUCAAAGACAAGGCCAGAAAUAUUCUCCAAAGUGUGGAAACUGUCAGCAGCCUUAGGCUUUCAGUUUGGGUUGUUUUUUUAAUGUUCUGGUUCUGUUGAAUUCUGGACUCUCACUUAAGGAGCUGAGGCCAGAGCAGUGCCGGGGACCGGAGGAUGGAGGGAACAGGAGUGGGCUGUGAGUGUGGGAACACCUACGUUGCAGGCUGCAUCUCACGCGUCACGUGUGGAGCCCCACGGGAAUCCUUCUUGUGGUCUGGCACUGCUGAGUUGGGGUUUAGGGUUUGGGGUGUUUUGGAAAAGAGAGAGGGUUUUUGCUUUUUCCCUUUUGCUUUUCGCAUGUGCUUCUCUGCAGCGCAAGGCACUGAAUCCCCACGGUCCCACAUGGGUGAGGCUUCCAGUUUUGCAGACAGCAUGCAGCACCCUUUCCUGCAGUGGUAUCACCUACUGCCGUGAUUAUAACACCAAAUAUUCUGGUAUACAAAUAAAAAUGCUCAUCCUGGCAAGACUUGAGCAGCAGCCUGGUCAGACCUCUGUUCUGCCCAGGCUAGUUUUUAUUUUGUCGCUAUCUUGUUACGGUGGCAGGGACAGUCCCACAUUUUAUUUAUAAGCAGCCAUUUUUUCCUAAUUGGUUGGAUAUUUUCAGCCUGUCAGCCGAGCAGCGUUGUGCCAGAAGUGAACGUCACGUGAGCCGGUUCGCCGUCGGUACGGCACGUAAAUAGCUGACAGCAACCCGACAGCCUUCCCUGACGUUGAAACAAGCAUCCAGCUUUGAGAAAGCGCUGCUGCUCCGGCGAGGACCUUUCACGUUCGCGGGCUGAGCUGCGAGGCGGGAUGUUUCCUCUGCUUGAAGAUGAAGCAUCUUCGCCUUGUCUGGACGGCGCAAGGAAAACAAGCGGUGGCUUUUCAGUGCGUGGCCGCGCCGGUGUCUUCUUGCUAGGGAUGCUUCGGUCUGGCUUUGCCGUGGUUUUAAUUCUGGACGCGGGAGGUCCGCAAGCCAGAGCUGGUGGGUGACGGAGGGGUUAAUGUCUUCCCGCGUUGGAUCUCUGACUCGCUCCCGCUGCUGCAGUGGUUUGAAGCCAGUCGGUGGGAAGCUGUUCCCGUGUGCGGGUCCCGUCUGUAAGCAAAGAGGCGUCCGUGCUCUCUGCUGGGGCAGCUCUUGGUCUCGUGGAGGUAGAAACAGAGGCUCAGGCUGUCCCCCCACGGCCACAGGGGUCUGUCCCCCAUCGCCGCAGCCUUGUCAUCUCCUUUCCAAAACUGCCUGGGCUCUGUCUUUGAAGAAGACCACGUCGUUUACCCCAGUGGCUCCGUCCGAGCCCGCUGAGAACCUCCCUGGGUGGCGGGGCAGGAGCUGUCACCUCCCUUGCAGCCUAAACUCAUUCCUGGCCAGUUUCUAUAAAUGUGUCUUUGUGCCA